AUGUUUACUAUAUAUCCAAUGAAUAAAGGCGCUCAUUCUCAACAUGGUAGCUUUCUGUCUGGACACACUAGUGAUCCUAGUGCUGUAAAUCCCUCCACGGGCGCUGGUAUUAAAGCUUUUAACAUAAAUACCAGUCAAGACGCUUCCACUGCAUCCAACAUCCCAUCCAACCCUCAGUUGGAACAUAAUUUAAAUGCUACAACAGAUGUUGACCCAUCUUCUAGGGAAUCUGGAAACAAUGCUUCUCCAGAUCAGCAAUCUGCUCCAUACGGUUCUUCCACGCCGAACAAUCCUUCUCAGGCUGGAAAGUCAUCCUAUCCUGAUUCUGGUACUAAUGGUCCAUCAUAUGACCAUCAUAUUCCAAUAAACGGUUACCAACAACCAACUGGUUUCGCUUAUAUGCCAUUUCCUUAUUAUGGUCAACUACCGGGAUAUUAUUCUCCCAUCAAUCCAAUCCAACCAAUGUUUCCAGGUUCACCUAACCAUUCAUGUACAUAUAACAACCCAUACAUUCCAACUACUUUAUUUUACUGCUCUAGUGUUGGUCUAUUUAACUCCUGGGUUCAUUCCUUAAUAAAACAUUUGAUUGCUUCUGGUCUAAAAGAUUUGGUUCCUGAUUCACACGAUCGUACUGUAAGAGAUCCAACGCCAGAAGAAUCUCAAGGUUUAAUUAAUUUAUUUUUCACCCUUGUUCCUCAGAGCAGUUAUCCCGAUUGGGUUCAAGAAUGCUUUCACAAGCAAAUGCAUCCCUAUGAUGUUAUUCGUCAGGCCAUGACAUACGACAUUGAACGCAGUAAUGUCAAUACCAUUAUCAACACUAUUAGAUCUUUAAAAUAUAAUGGUGGCUACCCAGCAUUUCAAUUUACAAGUUAUCUCCAUAACUUAAUUGAUCAAUUGAACCCCACGGAUCUUCAAACCCACGAGUACCUGCUAAAACAAACAAUUCUUGAUACGUUAACAGGUACUUACGAAUCCAUUUCUAAACACUUUUUUAAGAGUGAUACCCCAUAUACUAUAAACGACAUUUUCUCUUCUAUCAAGAGAGAAUAUCAAUACUACCAUCAAGCUUCACAAAUUUCCGAUCCACAUUUUUCCCCUAAUCCUCCAUCUUCUUCAAAAAAACAGUAUCCAACAAAUCCAUCAGUGAAUAAACGAGCAAACAACACAUCUACUGUGUUGAACACCAAAAAUACUACAGUUCCUUCAACAGUUAAGCCAAAAGCCAAAUCUACCAAAGCUCGUUCUAAAAAGGUUAGCCAAGUUAAAACCCAUUCAAAUAGCACCUCUAUUCCUCAACAAAAUAACCCAGUCGAUCCAACCUUACUUAGGCCUAUUUCAACUUCACUAAAUCCUGCAUAUUAUAUGAUGCUAGAUUCCGGUGCUACGGUUACCCUUGUAAAACAUAAAGAGAUGUUGCACAAUCUUCGUGACUCUCAUCCUGAAUCUGUUCAAAUAACCUCAUGCUCCAACACGGAUAUCCCAUACGAUCAAGAGGGUGAUUUAAUUCUAAAAACAUUAAAUGGCAGCCAAAUAAAAAUUCAUGCCUUUUACACACCCACAAUUGAUCACACCAUUUUAUCUACUAGUGAUCUCCGUUCUCACCAUCUGUUUUUAAACGAGCGUCUCAACACCAUUGAAGAUGCUAAUGGUGAUGUUGCAGCAAACAUUGACUCCUCAAAUGGUUUACAUUGGUUAUCCAAUCAUCAUAUUGUAUUUCCAUCUACUGCAACUCGUAAAUCUGUAAAUGCGUUAAAAACUAAAUUUCCUUUAGACAUGAUUCAUCGCAUUUUAGGUCACGUCAAUGUUCAGUCAAUCUAUACAUCCAUCAAAAAUAAAACCUUCAAUAAUCUAUCUAUAGACGAAAUUGAUUGGUCUAACCUUAACAAUUUUCAGUGUCAGGACUGUCUCAAAGGAAAAAGCAGGAAGAGACCACAUAUUGUUGGUUCACGUCUGCAAUACCAGCAGGUGUUCAAACCAUUUCAAUAUAUUCAUUCUGACCUGUUUGGACCAGUAACUGUGGCUACAAAACCUGAAUGGUUUAUAUCGUUCACUGAUGAGGCAUCUAAGUUUAAGUGGACUUAUUUACUAAAAAGGAAAGAUGAUGCAACGAUCCUACAUGUCCUCAAGUCCUUUAUUGCGACUAUUGAGCGACAAUUCAAAACCCCCAUAUUAAAAUUCCAGUUUGACCGGGGAACAGAGUACACCAACUCUGCAGUAAAAACGUUUCUUUCUGAAAACGGUAUUCAAAUUGUUUAUACCGACGCAGGUGAUUCCCAAGCUCACGGUGUUGCGGAACGAUUAAAUUUAACAUUAUUAAAUGAUUGUCGUACUAUUAUGAAUAGUGCAAAACUCCCACACCACCUAUGGUAUUACGCUGUGCAAUAUGCAACUAUAAUCCGUAAUUCCAUAUAUAACAAUUCUAUGAGGGAUUCACCUCGGUCUAAAGUCGGUUUACUAGGACUUGAUACCAAGUCACUGCUACCAUUCGGUCAACCGGUCAUUAUUAACCUCAAUAAAACUGCCUCCAAAUUACAUGUCAGAGGUGAAAAAGGUUUUGCUCUAAUACCAGAUGCUGAAUCUUAUGGCUAUUUAUUUUACCUCCCAACUAAACGUAGGGUGGUAUCCUCAUCCAAUUUUGUUCCAAUUAAACAUGACGUUGAUAUUCAUGAAAAUGAAGAAUAUGAUGAUUCUAUAUUCGACGAUCUCAUCACAACUUUUAUAUCAAAAUUUGAACAUACUACAUCUUCAAAGGACGAAAUUGAAGCCACACCUUCUGAUAAUCAUAAAGAUACAGUUUUAUCUACUCUAUCCUCAUCACCCAAAUCAUCUUCCCUCGUUAACAAAGAUCCACUCUUUGAAGAUAAAAUUUUAAUUCAAAAUGAUGCUGAUGCUGAUUUGAAUAUCACCACCAAUACUACUUCCAAUUCAAAUCCAUCUAACAACCACACUACUCAUCCCACCUCUUCUGAUUUAGAGGAACUAAUCACUCCCAUCGACAUCAAUGAUCCUAAUCAACUACCCUUAACUCUUGUUGAACCUUCAUCUCAUCCUACUUCUGAUGAAUCAUCACCACUGCCCACUGCUGUCUCUACUGAUACUACAUCUCACUACAUCUUCAUCUACACCACCAUCUAG